CGGUCGUCAGUGUUUACAGCAUGAUGGCUCCCUCGGCGCGGCGGGCUGUGCUGCUGCUGCGGGGACUGGCAGUGCGGCGCGAUGGCUGUGUUGCCGCCCUGGGCCAGCGGUGCGUCAGUAUUGAGGCGGCCCAGGCUCCUCCACCACGCCCCGAAGCUCCUCGCACCGCCCUCACCUCCCCGGUGCAGCACACGGCAGAGCAGCAUGGCCUAUGGUACACCUUGCGGCCCAGUGUGGUGCAGCAGCUCUUCCAGUAUGGCAUACCCAAGCAGUAUAUGACACAGUGCCGGACCUUUGCCGAGACCUGCCUGAUGGUGCGGCAGCCGGCCCUCACUCUCAUGGAUUACAUUCGCCGCAGUGAUCUCUCUCUGCCGCCCAACAAGUUUCUUCUCUAUGGUCGUAAUGGGUGUGGCAAGACACUCUCCCUGAUACACACCACACACUUCCUGGCUGAUGCUGGCUGGCUCCUCAUUCAUCUCCCCUGGGCCCCAAGGUGGAGGAGGAACUUCAAGGAGGUGACCCCGUCCUCCACCAUCGAGGGGCAGUACAACCACCCCCUGGAUGCAGUGAUGUGGCUCCAGCACUUCAAGACACAGAACGCUGAUCUGCUCAAGUCGCUGCAGCUGGUGACUCAGGAACGCUACACUUGGUCCCGCCGUGAGAUCACUGAACCUGACGCUCCUCUGGGGGAACUGGUGGAUGUGGGGAUUAGCCGAGCACGCUACUCCACCGACUGUGUGCUGGCCCUCACUUCAGAGCUCAAGAGACAUGCCACAGAGGGGAGGUGUAAAGUGGCAGUGGUGGUGGAUGGCAUCAACACCUUCUACUCACCUGUGUCUCGUUACCGGUGUGAGGACAAGACCAUGCUGGACCCUAAGUUCUUCACUCUCUUCCAGGCCUUCAAGCAGCUCUUCAGAAGUGACUGGAAGAAUGGUGUAGUGGUUGGCUCUGUUGACGCCCUGGCUAACGAGGGGCAGAGGCGAGAGUCCCACCUGCCUCGUUACCUCCUCCGCAAACAAGGCUGGGAGGCGCUGGAUCCCUUCGUCCCCAUACCUGUCGAGGAUUAUAAUGAUCUGGAGAUGCGGAGUGCCAUUGACUACUACCUGGACCGUCACUGGCUGCAGAACCCCCAGGCCGGCUCAGACAUAGGACGGCGUGAGCUGGCGGCCCUCUCAGCUCAUAACCCAUACUUACUAAUGCAUGUGUGUCGGCCAUUGUAGUGGUGACAGGUGUGUAGGUUUGUGUAGUGGGUCUUUGUACAGUUGUGUAAAGAUUGUGAUAAUGAUGAAUGAUAAUAAAGUCUGUUGUGUGUU